CCUACUCCCUCCCUCCCUCCUCUCUCUCUCUCUCUCUCUCUCUCUCUCUCUCUCUCUCUCUCUCUCUAUAGAACUCCUCUGAAUUCAUUCAGUUCUCUAACAAAGUCUGAAAUUUUGAGGUCCAAAAUUUGUUGAAAAAAACUUGAUGUCUAGGCCACUGGAGCUUGAUUACAUAGGCCUAACAGAGACUUCAUCUUCUCCAAUGGAAAGAGGCUCUGAGAAGAUUUCAUCUUCCACUUCCUCUACCCUCUCCUCCACAACAGCUGAGGAAGAGAGGACCUCCUCCUCUGCCAUCAACCUCAGGGAGACUGAGCUCAGGCUUGGCCUUCCUGGGUCCCACUCCCCUGACAGAAAAAAACUGUCAGGGCUCUCAAUUUUUGGGAAAGAUUUGGAGGACAACAAGAAGCCAAAUGGGUUUUCUCCAAAUCCUCCAAAGAACCCUGUGUCAGGGGCAAAAAGGGGAUUCUCCGACGCCAUUGAUGGGUGUGAGAAAUGGGUUUUCUCCAUGGGUAAUGGAUCUGAGGUUGAUGUGGGUAAAGCAGCAGUCUUGGGUUCUCCAUUAGCCAAGAAAGAGGUUUCUUCUGUUCCUCUGCCACCAAAGCCAUCAGCUCAGUUGGAGAAGAAGAAGCCUCAGGCCUCUGAGCAUGCUGCUGCUCCUGCUGCCAAGGCACAGGUGGUAGGAUGGCCCCCAAUUCGAUCGUUUCGGAAGAACUCCAUGGCCUCUAAUUUGGCGAAGAACAACGACGAUGCUGAGGGCAAACAAGGGUCCGGGUGCCUGUAUGUGAAGGUUGGCAUGGAUGGUGCUCCGUACCUACGAAAGGUUGACCUUAAAACGUACAACAACUACACUGAACUUUCCAUGGCUCUGGAGAAGAUGUUUAGCUGCUUCACCAUUGGGCAGUGCAGUUGUAAUGGACUUCCGGAGCGAGAUGGUCUGAGUGCGAGUCGUCUGAUGGAUCUUCUCAACGGUUCUGAAUUUGUUCUGACUUAUGAGGACAGGGAUGAUGACUGGAUGCUUGUUGGUGAUGUUCCUUGGCAGAUGUUCACCGAGACCUGUAGGAGGCUGAGGAUCAUGAAAGGUUCCGAAGCAAUUGGGCUAGCUCCAAGGGCCGUGGAGAAAUGCAAGAACCGGAACUAACACGAACCGCACCAGCUGGGAAAAGCAUUCUCCAGGCAUUGAAACGGACUCGAGUCGGGUGCUUGUUGCAGAGUCCUAAAUAUGUUUGAUAGUAUCCUAGUUUUCGUAUCUUCUAAGUUAGAAAGUUUUCGCUGGAGACGUAUGUGUUUGAUGCUGCUGUUUUUGCCUCUUAUGUGUACCACAUAUUCUAGUUACUGUGUAAAAUGUCUUUGCUGCUUGCAAAUCUCUCCUUCCUUCUCUUAAAUACAGCUGUAUAAGUUCCUCCAAUGAAUUUUGAAACUGAGUUUCCUGUAA